AUGCCCAAUCCCCUCGACACAGACGUUGGCACCGAGCGCUUCAGCGACUAUGAAGCCGAACUGAAGCUCGUUCAGGCCGAUCUGGCCCAGAAGCUCGACCAAAUCCCAGAGUUAUCCGGAGAACCUCGCAAAGCUGCCAUCAGCGCCGCCGAGCGAGCCCUCGAGGAAGCCGACGAGAUUCUCGGUCAAAUGCGUCUAGAAAAAGCCAACAUCCCCACCCCGCACCGCACCAAGAUCAACACCCGCUUCCGCAACCACGAAUCGGAUCUCGACGCCGCAAAGCGCCGUCUCCGCUCCCUCUCCGACGACCGCUCUGCCCUCUUCGGCGCCCGCUACACCGACGACCCCUCCGGCGGUCCCGCCUCUUCCUCCUCCGGCGUCACCGACCGACAGCUCGAACAGCGCCAGCAGCUUCUCUCCGGCACAGACCGCCUCGACCGCUCCACCCAGCGCCUCAAGGCCUCUCAGGCCCUCGCCAACGAGACCGAGGCCAUCGGCGCCACCACUCUCGCCGAUCUCCACCUCCAACGCCAGACCAUCCAGCAUACCCAUGACCGCCUGCUCGAGAGCGAGGGCUACGUCGACCGGAGUGUCAAGACGCUGCGGGGUAUGGCCCGUAGGAUGGCUACGAAUCGGGUAAUCACCAUUGCCAUCAUUACCAUCCUUGUCCUUCUUAUUGUGGCGGUUAUUUUCAGCAAGUUCAGGUAG